UUCCACGUCAACUCCACUGCUGCAGCACUCACUUCAAACACACCAGCUUGGGUGUGCGAAAAAAUAUGUGCUGUAGAUUUAACGAAAAAUGGGAGGAGGAAAAAGAGGUUUUAAUGUCUAAUCAUGUGCAUGGUUGCCCCAUAAUCAAUGUAUUACGCAGAACUUGUUGUUAGGCCUCAUACGCACUGGCGACCAUAGACGCGGCCAGGCCGCCGCGGCCAUGGUCGCCGUUGCGUAGGCAAGCGCGACAUGUGGACGGCCGAAAAAUUUGCAGUCGACUUCCAAGGGUGUGUCAAGAUGGACGUGCAGAAGAUAAUCACGCUAACUGUGCUUGUGUAUUUACUACGAAAACGAAAACGGAAGAUUUCACGUAAAAGACAGUUUUGGGUGCAUCCAUUACUUUGCGAGAGAAAGACUAAAGGAUUAUAUUAUACUUAUUUUUUGGAUUUAAAAAUGUAUGAGAAGAGAUUCUUUAAUUACAUGAGAAUGUCAACGAAUACUUUUAACCUGUUACUGAAUACAAUAAAACCAAAAAUUACUGGAACUGGUAACAACUAUCGGAAAUGCAUUCCAGCAGAAGAAAAAUUAGUAAUAACAAUAAGGUAUUUGGCUACUGGGUGUUCUUUAUCUCAUAUAAGUCAUGAAUACCGUAUAGGGCUUCCUACAGUAUCGGAAAUAGUAUUUGAUGUUUGUGAAGCAAUAUGGGAGAUAUUAAAACCAAUUGUGAUGCCACAAUUGACCAGAGAUAAGUGGAUUCAAACGGCUGAAGGUUUUCAAAAAUACGCCCAAUUUCCUAAUUGCAUUGGAGCCAUCGACGGCAAGCACAUUAGAGUUAUCAAACCACAACAUUCGGGAUCUCUUUAUUACAAUUACAAGAAUUAUUUUUCAAUCGUGUUACUUGCAAUAUGUGAUGUAAAUUAUAAAUUUCUUUACGUAGAUAUUGGAGCAUACGGCAAAUGCAGUGAUUCGUCAAUUUACAAAGACUCUGUAUUUUAUCAUAGGCUUUUAAAUAAUGAUCUCGAUAUUCCGAGCAAUAACCCCAUCAAAGAAAAUGGCCAAUCAAUGCCGUUCGUUUUAGUGGGUGAUGAGGCGUUUUCACUAUCGGAACAUAUGAUGCGACCGUAUGCUGGGAGAAACUUGAAUAAUGUAAAGACUAAUUUUAAUUAUCGACUAUCCCGUGCCCGCCGCUAUAUUGAAUGUACAUUUGGAAUAUUAGCCAAUAAAUGGCAGAUUCUUCACCGACCCCUAAACGUCAAGAAAGAAUUUGCAGUUGUGAUUAUAAAAGCUCUAUGUGUGCUUCAUAAUUUUGUGCGAGAAAGAGACGGAUAUGAUUUCAAGGACACGUUAACUGUACCAGAGACUUUAUUUGAAAUACCUGCAUGUUUACCUAAUAGAGCAAAUAGAACAUCAACCGAAUAUCGAGAUAUAUUCGCAAACUACUUCAGUACCGACGGUCGCUUGCCCUGGCACAAUUUGUAAAUAUAUGGGAGCGUACCUACGACGGCUGGUCAGUUUGUGCGUUGAGGCACUUUCUCGCCGCGAGCCGCCAUUGCGCGCCGUAAACAAAAUGGCGUCAAACGCACAUGCUGUAUGAGUAAUCUUUUCAAAAAGUUAUUCCAAUCAUUACGAAAACCUGGGAAAUUUUAGCAAAUAAUUGUCAAAACUCAUGUGCAAAGCGAAAAAUAGUAGAAAUAAAAUAGUUAUACUUUUGACAAUUACCUAUUUGCUAAAAUUUCUUAGAUUUUGAAUGAACGGAACAACUUUAAAAAAAACACUCAUGUCACAUCGACACCAGCAAUUUAUACUGCGCUAACUCAAAAAGCGUACUUUACAGUAGAGGCGUUUAAAGGGAAAAACGUGAUAACUUUUACAUUAAUUAAGAUACUUUUUUGAAAUUUGGUAUGCUUAAUAUUUAAUUUAUUCAUUGUAAUAUCUCAUAUUUAUAUUUCCUUAAUUAUUUCUAUUUUUUGAUUUAGCGCAAGUUAGGCGUAUAUAAACGUAAUUCAUCAAAAAAAAUACAUCUUAUACACGUCUAACUUAUGUUAGCGUAGUGUAGUACGGGACGUCGUAGUGCAUGAUCAAUCAUCUGAUGCAUAUUUCAAUAUUUUUAUAAAGAACAUGUACUUACUUACAAAAAGAAUAGUCAGCGUACCAUUAAUAAACUAAUUAAUACGUUAACACAUAAGUAUUUACUAUGUAAAAGUCGCUAAGUCGUUCAUUUUACAAACGAACAAGUAUACACACGAACGCACUAAACUACGCUAACUAUGAGUUAGCGCAGUGUUGCACAGAUUUUGACCAAAGUGAUCCCCGCGCACACUCCGCUAAUAAUAGUUGGCGUAAUAUAAAUCGAGUGAUUUCAAAAAGUACCUUUACUUAGCGUUUUAUAAGAUUUGUAACUUUCUUAUUUUUGCAUAUUUCUUCUCAAUUUUUUUAUGACGUAUGUAAACACACAUUUUAAGCAACUUGGCAUAAAAAAAGAUUUUUCCAAAUUUCGAGUUAGCGUAGUAUAAAUUGCUGGUGUCGACAUAUACGUGUCGAAUGCUACUACAGCACCUGCUGCGUUUAUUGUAGUUCAUCGC